ACCUUACUUAUCAAAACAAUGUUAAAAUAGUCUCGCUUAUUCACCGUUUAGGAAUGUCACUUCGGCCGAGUUGAUAUUUUUAAAUAAAUAAAUUUUCGUCGGGCGAUAGAAAACGGAUUUUAAACGAUAUGGCCCCAGAAACACCUCUCGAACGAGCUUGCGUUCUUUUUUCCACUUUCGUCUAUGACUCUAAGCUGGAAGAACAGUUGACCCGAGCUCCCAGCGUUGGUGAUAUGGUCGCGCAAUUCUAUCAACUGAUGAGCUUGAGCGGGGUUUUUCCGAAACAGAACCACCCGAGUAAAAAAUCAAAUAACAAUUCGGUGGCGUCCAGGACGAAAGGCAAUCGUUAUUACUCCGAGAAAGAUUACAUGAAAGCUCUAGAGUUGUACACACGAGCUGUCGGCGAGGCACAAAACAAUAGCGCCGAGCUGGCACUGGCGUACGCAAACAGGUCCGCGGUGACUUUCUGCCUGGAAGAGUACGAAGACUCCAUCGUGGAUGUUGAGAGGGCUUUGAGCGGCAAGUAUCCGCAGAUGCUGAGGGUCAAGCUGCUCGAAAGGAAAGGGAGAUCCCUCGUCUUUCUCAGAUCGUAUAGAAAAGCGGUUGCCACUUUUGAGGAAGCAUUACAAGCAUUGGAGUACAGUAAGAUACCAAAUAAACAAAGGUCCAAUUUCCGCACAUCUAUUGAACUGGAAAUAGCAGAAAUCAGGGAUAAGUGCGAUGAUGUGAUAAAUAGGGUCCCAGCUGUUAUGCCAAAGCUGACUCAUCCCCCUUCAGACUGUAUAGAAUGUGCGUCAAACGCUGUAGAUAUUGAUUACAUGCCAGGAAUGGGGAGAAUGGUAGUUGCGGCGACUGAUAUAUAUCCUGGUGAUGUUAUUGCAAUUGAAAGGCCAUAUGUAUCAUCCGUCUUGGCUAAGGAGUAUCUUCUUUUCUGUUACAUGUGCAAAAAGAGGUGCCAUUCUUUAAUUCCCUGCUUGAAUUGCCCUCAGGUAUUUUUUUGCAAUGAAAACUGCCGAAAUUCAUCGUGGAAUGAGAGCCACAGAGUCGAAUGUGAUAUCCUUCUUACGCUUCACAAACAAGGCUAUAAUAAAUUGGCCCUCUUAGCUCUGCACAUUUUGUUGAAAAUGACGAACCAAGGAGACGGCCUUAGAGAGUAUGUAUAUAACGAACAUAAAUUGCACAGUGUGAAGUCACCAAAGCUCAGAGGAUUCAAAGACGGUAAAUACUCAUGCAACAAAUACUCUACAUAUCACCUCGAAACGAAUUUUGGUUUACGGAGUUGGGACGAUGAUACUUUCUCAAGGGUGGUCGGGGCGUGUUGCAUGCUCCAUGUCUUAAAACAAACAUCAUAUUUUGAUGCUGUUAAGGAAUCGAGGGAUGAGAAAUUACUUUUCAGACCGAACAUGUAUCCUGACCUGACCCAAGUAGAAUCGAUCGUUGGAGCGAUAUUAUUAAAAUAUCUUUUCAUUGUAUCUUGCAAUGCUCAUGAAGUAUCUGAAACAAGAAUAAUAACAAAACCAGAAGUCAGUUCUGAAAUUGCUGAGAUCGGUGCGGCUUUGUACCCUUUUCUCAGUUUAAUCAACCAUUCUUGUGAUCCUAAUGUUGUAAGGACAAUUCACGAUGGAGACUUGGCCGUUCUGACAGCUAUACAAUUUAUCAAGAACGGUGAACAAGUUUUUGACAACUACGGAUAUCAUCAUGGAAUCCAUGGCGUUGAUUUAAGACAAGAAUCUCUUGUCAGGCAAUAUUAUUUUGUUUGUAAAUGUCGAGCUUGUUUGGAGGACUGGCCCACCGUUAAAAAGCUACCAGAAUGUGUAUAUCUAGAAGGUGUUGACAAGGCGGCAGUGGAGGCGGCAACUAAACAAUUUCAGAAAGAAGUAACAAAGGUUGUCAACAAUAAUGAAAACUACGAUUUAAAAUUUUUAUACAAUUUUUUGGGUAUGCUGCACAAUUCAGUGCAAAGGCCUUGUGCACUGUAUUGCAAAUGUCAAGAAGUAAUUAAAGAAUGUCUUAUCCGCAAUGCCAAUCAUUAUGUAUUCAAAUAAGUAUUUUCUUUUUGAUGUUGAAUUUAUAAAAAAUUUUACUAACGAAUAUAGCUCAAGGGAAAGAAUCCCAAUACUGAGGUUAUGUAUUCACGUUAUUUAAUUGGAAUUUAUAUACAUAUAUUUUAUUUAUAUAUGUAUAUGAAACAUAUGU